GAAAACUUUCUCGAAUUGCACGACAUGCGGACAUUUCUUUUUUAUCUGAGUGGGCUUAUGUGAACAAGCAAGUUCAGCAGUUCAAUCCGAGAGUGCAUACAUUGACCUAUGCAAGCCCAAUGGAUCUUGUUUCACCCAGAAGUCUUGACUCGGUAGUCAAAUCAUCUGUUCAGUCGAUAUUUGAGAGGUCGUGGCAGACAGGAGUGUGUACUAGGACAUCGUUCAUAGAUCGUUCAUUUCGGUCUGUUAUCCUCGGGAUGUAUUUACUUCAAGAAUCCGUCGAUAGUUCGCAGAGAGAAGCAUGUACACUUGUGCCUCGAGCUCUGAAGCUGAAGGCAGAGCCAAAUUAUCUGGUGGGAUCAUGAUGAUAAUGUCAAAUUGAUCGGCAGCGCAGAUCUUGCUUCUGUAGUGAUGAGUCGUUCGUCCAAGCAUGGCCAAAUUUCAUCGAAUCCAGUUCGCAAAACUUGCUGUGAAAAUAACAAGUUCGUGGUCAUUCUGGCAUUCUCAAUGGCCGCUGCAAUCGUGACCUUCUUCAACAGCGCAUCACGCUUGACGGAUGUGGAACUAAACGACAUGGAAACCCAGAACUCAGGAAGUCAUCACGUGACGACAUUGAACUACUCUAAUAUUCUGGUGGACGAGUCGAGCAAUUAUACGAGCACUUUGCAGAAUCUGCUCCGACUGAAUGGAACGCUUGACUGCCACAAUGUGACGACCAACUUCACGAGACUGGAGAAUCUUCCGGCGCCCGUGGGGGGCAAAAUCCAGCUGAGAACCAACAUUAAGCAUGUGCUAAUUCUCGGGGCAUACUCCGAAGAUGGCAAGAAGCGCUGUGCUGGAGGGGACUACUUCGAGGUGGACUUGCACAACGAGCACUAUCGAUCGAGACUCCCGACGAUGGACUACGGCAAUGGAACUUACGGCCUCGAGCUUCUCGUCCCCUCACGGUGGUCCGGAGUCUUCGAUUUGGAGGUUUCCAUCUUAUUCAGCAAUUGGCACGGAAUGGAUCUCCUGUGCAGAGAAUGUCCAGCGCCUCAUGUGGUACUCCAGCAGGAAAUCCACCUCUUCGAGCCAUCGGAUGACCACUUUUUCUCGUCGGAGUUGGAUCAGGCGAGCAGGAAGGCGAAGCCCCUGAAGAAUCUGACUCGCUGCACGAAGGAGGAUUUUCUCCGUCCCACCUGGUCCGGAAGAUGGACUCGCAGCUGGUUCAAUGAUGUCUGUGAACCCGACGAGCAGAAGCGAUUCAAGUGUCUGCCGGAUGAGCAUUAUCUGUGCGAGGAGCCAUGGUGCUUUGGGCCCGUGGGACGGCUGGAGAGCAAUGGCUGGCAGUAUUCAGCUCACUGCAGUUUCAAGAUUUUCGGACGAGACGAAGCUUGGAGCUGUCUGGACCGACGGUGGUGGCUCAUCUGGGGGGACUCCAACUUCCAAGACACGAUUCGUAACAUAGCGUUGUUCAUUCUCGAUUGGAAAAUCCCUGGGUCCAAAUCUACCAUCAAUGACUUCACUCUAGAUCGCACUUACGAGAGGCUGUUCAUCAACCCGAAUCGCUUGGAGCAAGGCUUUCGGGCGAGCAUGAUGUUCAAUGGGGCUAACGACGAUCGGUUCAAUGGAGAGGGUCUCCACACGAUCAUGCACAAGGAUCACCAGGAGAGAAUCAGAUCUCACUUUUCUGGUCAGAAUUGGGCUCCGGACACCAUCAUCAUGAAUUCAGGAUUACACGAUGGAAGUCACAACUUGAAAUCGUAUCUCGAGCAAGUGGACAGCACCGUCGAUUGGUGGAAGAACUUCUACAAGAAUAUCACCGCGGAUCGAAAGCCGACACUUAUCUGGAGAAACACCGUCACCCCUGCAGGCACUUCUCGGCAAAUGCCAGGCAAUCCCUGUAAACUCGAGACGUACAAUCUACUGAUGGUCGAGAAGCUCCUCCAGGUGCGAGAUGAGCUUCCGGUCAUGUUCGUCGACACAUUCGAUCUCACAUUUCCUUGGCAUUAUACGAAUGAGUACAGCGACGGCGGGCAUUAUGGCAGACCUCCCGGCAUGAGAGGUCGUCCUGCAAAGCCGCACCAUUACUUCGUGGAUCUUAUGAAUGCGCAUAUCUGGCUCAAUGCUCUGUGCCCGGCAUCAGAUUCAUGACAUUCUAUAGAUCAAGCUGCUUCUGUUGCAGAUCACUAGUCUUUGCGAGCUUUCUUCAGACCUGCUCCUCGGCAAUCCCCCAUGACUUCUACUUGAGAAGUUGGCUGCAGAAAAGCAGGCCAGAUUUGAUCGACAGUAUCUCCUUGGAGACUAAGUCCUAAAGAUAAAGCUCGAGAUCAACAGCCCUUCAAUCCAUGAGUGAAACAUGGAGUUUGUUCAGUAGCGGCCAGGUUUAGACAACAGGUAGACGAAAACAGUUGAUUUUUGUUAGUUCAAUUUGAGGAUCAGGCUCAUGUAUAUGGUUUCCAGUAACAAUGAUGAAUGUAUUCAAGACUGAGUGAUGAAGGUGCCAUCAAAACCA